AUGUUUUUUGAUCGCAGACAUCCUUAUUAUAAAAGUUAUAAAGAUUGGUGGUAUUGGAACACAAAUGUUAAAGGUGUGUUAUUUUGAAGAGGGGACUUUUUUCCUUUUGAAUAUUUUGGAAAAUUUUUUGCAUUUUUUUAUACCACCCACGAUGCUUCUACAUAAUUUUAAGAGGAUGAUAUUUUCCGACCUUCUAACCCCUAUGAAUCAAUUCAUUUGAUCAAUUCACGAUACCCCCACAAAAAACAUAAAUAUUGUAAAGAAAAAUCAAAGGCACAAAGAAUCGCUACAAGACCCGAUACACGAAAAAAUUCCUUGUUAUUUGAAUUUCUCGGGAAGAUAUUCGCGAAUUCAGCGAAUAUCUGAAAUAAAUAACCAAAUUUAUCACCAAUCUCUAGAAUUAAAUAAUACGGUGAAAUAUAAAAAUGAUGUACAAUGUCUAGAUUUUUCCUUAAUUUCCUUUUAUAAAAUAUAUUAUUUUGAAUAUACGUCUCCUUCCUCUCUCUCUCUAAUUCUCUCUUUUUUCCACACUCUCUCAUCUACUCUACUUCUCUAACAUUGUGUUUUCAUGUUUUCUUCAAUUUUAUCAAUCUUAAGAAUUCUUCAUUAUGUUUUCUUCCUUUUUUCGCGCGUAGUUAGGAUUAGGCUUUAUACUUAAGGUCCAGUAAAGAGGUAUCACUGAUAAGACCUAACUCUUCCCAGCCAAGGCGCCCGGCACCUUUUAAGCAAAUUUCUCGACAUUUUUGCCGCCCUGGUGCUGAAAAGGUGCCAUAUUAGCGCCAAGGAUGCAACAUUUUUCCCGAGUUGUUGUGUUGUUUCGUGAACUGUAAUUUUGCGGCGAAAAUGUUUCGAAAUUGAUUUAUAUUUUUCAAAUUAAUUGAUCCACAACAAGACGAAUUGCUACAAAAUUUCCAAUACGAUAUCCCUGCGCAAGUGUUAGCAAUCAAACCCUAAAACUCAAAUCACCCUGAUUUUCAGCACAUGCUGUAAAAUUAGUAACUUUCAACAUGGACGACACCUAUAAUCGUGUAAUGAUGAAACUGCAAACACUUACGGAUAAACAAGCAGUCAAUAUAAUCAAGGAGUAUUAUGAAAGCCACCCAAAAACUGCAGAGUAUUUCUUGAAUAUCAUCGACAAUCCCAAAUAGUAAGAAUGUUCUCAUCAAAUCUUUUGAUCACAAAUCAUAUUAAUUUUCAGCGAAUGGCCACCAAGAGACGAAACAAAUAGUGAUGUUCCUGCUCCGCCACCACAUUCAGAUCAGUACAUGAAUACUAAUCAACAAUUGGUGUUUCAUCCGCAACAACAAAAUGUUAUGCCACAGACACAAUAUGUGCAGAAUCCUGGAUUUCAAGGUCAACAACAAAUCUUGCCAACUCAUUUGAUUCACAAUCAAGACGGAAGCUUUCAUAACCAUCAACAAAUGAUUCAUUAUGGUCAACAACCGUGUUAUCAACCAAAUCAACAAAUGCAGUUCCAUCAACAAAAUCAACAAAUGCAGUUCCAUCCACAAAAUCAACAAUUUCAACCACAAGGUCCUGGUUCCUCUUAUCAUUCCCAAUUGCCUCCAAUGAACUAUCCUCAAAAAUUCGAUCAUCAACAAUAUUCAAAUCAAAAUCAACAAGCUAUGAACGACUAUCAAUAUGGAUCUUAUCAGAAUCAAAACUUCCAAUCAUAUCCAAUAGAUCAAUCUGUUCAAGCUUCACAACAAUAUCAACAGUCAGUUUAUUUUCAAUUUAUUCAGAAAGAAUCUAAUCAAUACAAAAAUCGAUAAUAAACAUACAAAAAACCAUAUUAGUGAGAAAAACACUAGAUGGAAGAGAAAAUAUAUGGCCUAAAAAGCCAAUUUUUCCUAGACAGGUUAUUUAUUCAGUUUUUUUUCACCGCUAGAUUUCUGAGCCUAGAAUUUGAUGAGUUAGCCUAACUUUUUUCAAUUCAUGAAGAUUUUUCAAAUUUUACAGAAUUUUUUAUCGAUUUUUUCAAUUUUUCCAAAAUCUCUCCCCGAAAAACUCACUAAUCGUUUCUAUUUCUUAAAGCACACAAAAAUCAUUGAAAAUUCGAGAAUCCCAAUCAAAAUCCUUGAGAAAUCCAAUGAAAUCCAUUUGUUGAUCAAUAUUUCAAGCUGAAAAUCAGAAAAUUUGAAUUUUUCAUGUACCAUUUUUCAAUCGAAACAUUUUUUGUUUCUCAAGAAAAAACCUACUUUUCUUCGAUAAUCCUCGGAUUUUCCGUUGGAAGCGAUAAUUCCAGCCUUGUAGAACAUCUAAAAAUUCAAUUUUUGUUUGAAAUCCACUGAUUUCCCCCGGAAACCUGCAAACCCAGCGAAAAAAAAAACGAAAAAUGAAAAUAUUCUCGUGUUGCGCUAAACAGCGGGCAAGUGCACUUCUUGGAGUGUCGUUGUGUUUGCACAUAUAGAAACAUUUUAUGUUUAUUCUAUAGAUAUUCAUUGGAAGCAUUUGAAAUUAUCAAUAUAUACAUUUUAGACAACCGAUUCACUAUCCUGCACCUGUGUAUAAUCAACAGUUCCAAACAUCACCGCAGAAUCCACCACAACAAUUCUAUCAGCAACAACAGCCACAGCAAUUCUAUCAGCAACAGCAACCACAACAUAAUUGGAACCAAAAUCGGUAACUAAAAUCACAUGUUCAAAAAUUAUAACUUCUAAUCUUCAUAUUUUCAGCGCGGAACAACAGCAAUAUCAGCAAAAUUGGACACCAAGAUCAUAUAAUCAAAAAAAUUAUAAUUUCCAACCAAGAAAUCACAAUUAUCGAGGGAAUCAAUUUGUUGGAAACUCAAAUGCACCUCUGGCUAGAACUGCGAAUAGUCCAUCUCAUACGGAAACUACUACAUCUCGAAGAGAUUCUGACUCAACGACAAAUGAUCAAGAAGUAUUGCAAAGUGUUGAAUUGAAUUCUGAACCGAUCAAACCAUCGGCAAACAAUGAUGAAAAACCAAAAGAUGAACAGAUUCCAUCAAAGUCUUCAGAAAAUUCUGGCGAUGACACAACAUCUUCAAUUGAACAGCUUGAAAUUGUGGUGAAACCGGAUGAGUCGCCGAAGAAUGUUGAAUCGAUUCCAAUUUCAAAAUCUGCAAAUUCAAAAGAAGAAAAAGAAAAAGAUGUGAAAAAGCUAAAUCAAUCGCCAAAUAAUAUUGAAAAUUUGAAAAAGGUUGAAUUUUCUUCAAAUUCUAAAGUUACAAUUCUCAAAAGAGAACCAAAAAUCGAGCAAAAAACAAAUCAAUCCUGCUUCGAAAAACUCGGAAUUGUAACACAACCAAAUGCGACAAGUAUCAAGAGAACCGAAAAAGUUGAACCUUUGCAAGCUUCGAAAACAGAAGCAGUCAAAGAAAAAUCGAACAAGGAUCAAUGUGAAAAUAAUCGAGUGUUUUUUGAGAAGAAGUUUGCUCCAAAAUCCAAAAAAAAUUGCGAAUCACAAAGCAUCGUGCAAACGUGAGUUUAUUUUUUUUGUUUUAUCAAACAAAAUAAAACGUUUCCAGAAAGCCAAAAAUGAAUGAUCAAUCACCUUCCAAGCAACAAAAUCCUGACAUCACCAGGCCUAGUAAAGAAAAUUCAUCAGCGAAAUCUGCUAAUUUGAAAAACAUUGGCAAGGCGGCAGAAAAUGAAGAAUCUUCAAAACAACCAAGUUUUGAGAUCAAAGAAGUUUCUAAAACUUUGGAAGCGGAGUAAGUUUAGAUUUUUGUGGUUCGAUUUUCGAGUGGGAGCCACAGAGCGAGGUGUUUGCAUAAAUUUGUGCAUUCAGAAUAUCCCCAAUCACCUUCUCAAAAACAACUUUUUUCAGAGAACCAAAAUCUGGAGGACAAAAAAUCUGCGACUCAAUCAAAACAAACCACCAACAAGAUUCGUGAAAGUCAAAAACAAGAGUACGUUUUUUUUCACAAUGGGAAAUAAAAAAAAAAUUUACAAUUAUUGAUUUUGCAGAGAUCAUAAAAAUGAAAAAGUUGGUCUAUCGUAUUCCGAUGCUUUGAAAAAAAAGUCAGAAAACCCAAUGGAAAUUGUCAAAAAACCACCAAAACAUGAUCCAGUGACCAAACAACAAGAUCGAUAUCAAAGCAGUUCUAAAGCUCACAAACCUAUUCAAUAUUUCGAAAAUUCAUGGCUUAAUUUAUUCGGGUAUGUGAGAAAAGUGGGGCCAUUUUGUUAGAUAAAAAACUUGUUUUUCAGUGAUAUGAUUACUGAUGCCGAACGCCUUGACAAAUUCUUAUCAUCACGUGAAGAAAGUAAUCAAAAUGAGUCAAACAAAAACCAGUCAAAACAAGAGUCGAAGAAAUGGGUAGAAUCUUCGAGAAAAAAUCAAUUUCAAGAAAAUGAACAAAAAUCAUCAAUUAAUUUGGAAAAAAGUAGUAAUUCGAAGAAAAAUGCAAUUGUGGAAACACCAAUCUUGCAAUCAAAACCGAAAAAUGUUCAAAUUGAAGUUGAAAAGAAAUCAGAAAAAUCUCUCGAAGAAAAUCCGAAUGAUGAUGAAGAAAAACAAGAAAUUGAUUCAAUUGAGGAGACUUCAUCCGAUGAAUCAGAAAAUGAAGAUGAAGAAGGACCUAGCACUUCAACAAACCAGGUAACACGACGAAAAAAUCGAUCAUCAAGAAGAAACAAAAAGAAGCGGGAACAGCAAAAAUUGGAAGAAGAACGGAAGAAAAAAAUUCCGAAAUCUUUUGUUGUGGAAUAUCGUGGUGCUAGACGAAAAUUUGAUUUUUCGGAAAACGCGGAUGGUUUGGUUGUGAUGGAAGACAAUGAUGUGGUGGAAAUUCGAGAAAUUAUGGAAGUCGCUGAAAACAAACCAAAAAAGAAGAACUCGAAAAAAUCGAAGAAAAAUAAGAAUAAGAAAUCAAAAAAAUCUGGAGUACGAGGAAAGCAAACAUGUGGAAAUGUUGUUGUUCUUCAAGAUUCAUCUACCGAUCUUGAAGAAGAUGAUCAGUUUGAAGAAAUUUUCGAUGAUUUUGGUGGAAAUAACGAGCAACCAAAAAUAUUUUCAUUGGUAGGUUCAACUAAUUUCUGUCGCUUUCACAAAUUUUAAUUAAAAUUACAAAUAAACUUUCAGGAUAAAAACUCCACCUGGGUAAUUUACGAAAUUAGCGUAUUGCUGAAUAAGAAAACGUGUGGAAUCCACCCGGAUACUUUUGAAACUUAUUGCGUCAUUUUCGAAAACUGGCACUCAAAAGAAUCUCGAGCACUAAAUCUUUGCUUUAAAUGUACAGAACCGUUGGACUGUUUGAUUGAUGAUUUUGAUUUGGAUAUAUUCAAAGCAUUGGCCAUCCAAACGGUGGUGGUAAGUUUUUUGGGAAGAGCAGAUUGUACAUUUCAAAUCUAUCAAAAUAUCAUAAAGAAAAUAACAUUUUCAAAUUUUGAGAAUUUUCAGCGUCUACUUUUAUAUCUUUAGAAAAUUGAGAGCCUUUUGCAAUUUUGAUUUUUUGCUCUCUAUACUAGUUCAUGUUCACAAACAAUUUCGAACUUGCCUGAAUUUCCUGAUUUAUUCCCAACAAAAAAAAUUUCAGCAAGAAAAAUGUCCUCAAAUGACGAUUGGCCACGUUGAGAAAAUUUCUCCAUAUUUGGAGGCUUCCAGGUAAACUUUUCUCAUUUAUUUUUGAGAACAGCGUAAAAUGGUAUUUUUCAGAGCUGCCGCAUUGUCUUAUGCUUUCGGCAAACAUUUGAAUUUUAGUGAAACUCGAAGAUAUUUGUCAACAAAACAUUUGUAUCCGCAAUUCCAAAGCAAAAUCAAAUGUGAGUGUCAAUCCUACUUACUUAAUAAAAAAUAUGAUGUGUUUUCAGUGCGUGAAGGUGAGCUUCAGUUCGAGUCAGUUACGAAUUUCUUGGAUGAUUUUGAAAAACUCAAAGAUGUUUGGACACCGAUUGGGUUAUUAGUCGCAAGAGUCAAAUUUGUUCAUACCUGUAUCCUCAAAUUCAAACAAAACAUGCAGAAUGUAAUAUUCAAUAUACAUUUUCAUAAUGAAAAAAAACAAAAACAAUUUUUUUUCAGAAAACAGCCAAGGAGCGAUUUGUUCGAAUGGUGUGGGAUCGAGUCAAUGCAGAUAGAACAAUUCGAGAAGAAGUUCAAUUUUUGGCAUUGCACUCAGCUCGCCCAGGAUCUUGUAUCGAUAUGUUUUUCGUCACUUUGUUUGAAGAAUAUUGUGCGCAACAAAGUCCACCAGAUCCAAAAUAA